GAACGACUCCUAAGAGAUCAUAAUGGAUAAUAUAGGGUCUGUUCGUUUUCUCUGCACUAUUGAACUAGUGCAAUAAGUUAGAGUGAAAGAAAAUAUAUUUGUUUCAAUCUAACUUAUUGCACUAAUUCAGUAGUGCAGCGAAAACAAACAGACCCAUAGUUCCGGUUCGCGGUUCAGAAUAAUGGAUAAUAUUGAGUUACGAAAGCGUUUGAUGUCUCUGCUGGCUAUAAUAAUCAGUGACCAAUUUUUGAAGUCCAUUGAAAAUAUUACAGAUAAUAGUGAUACAGAGGAUGAAAAAAGUACUAUUUGGCUGGGAAAACAUCGUCACAGAUUACAUGGUGCAUGCAAGAAACCAUUGCGCAUUAAAGGUUAUGUUGAAAGAACCAUUCAAGGCCUAAGUGAGAAGCAAUUUCAUCCACUAUUCCAGUUCGCAAGCAGUUACUAUCCACAUUAUGGCUUCUUGCUACUCCUGAUUCUUAUAGAUCUGUAGGUGAGCGAUUCGAUAUAGGAAAAUCAUCUGCAAAUGAUUCCUUUAUGAGAGUUGUUGAAGCCCUAAAUGACAUUGCUGAAGACGUCAUUGUCUAGCCCCGAGAAGACCGAUGUAUUGCUGUUAGUGAGAAGUUUCAGCGCAUUGGGAGGCUACCAUAUGUAAUAGGAGCUAUAGAUGAAACAAAUAUACCAAUUAAAGCUCCAAAGGUGGACGCACGUUUUUAUAUAAGUAAAGACAAGGAAUACGCAAUAACAUUGCAAGCAGUGUGUGAUGCAGAACUUCGAUUCUUAUAUUGUUUUGCUGGAUUUGCUGGAUCAGUGGGAGAUCGACGUGUCCUUCGAAAUUCAGAUCUGUGGAAGGAAAUAAAUGCAAAUAGAGCAUCUUACUUUGUGGAUCAAGAUUAUAUAAUUGGAGACAAAGCUUAUCCUUGUCUUUCAUGGUUGAUACCACCAUUCGUUAAUUUAGGCCAACUCACAGAAAUAAGAAAUUCAAAAUAGAGAUGGACUGUAUGUAUUCA